AUGCUGCCCGACAGCACAACUGCAGUAGCACCAUCUGCAUCACAGCUCUGGCUCGCCCACCAGAGCUAUCAAGGAGACGCAGCAUCGCCGCCCCACGACGGUCUAUACGGUCGCCACCGCGACAGCGCAGACGACCACGACCACGACCACGACCACGACCACGACCACGACCACGACCACGACCACGCACGAGCCGGCCACGACAGCCCUGGCGGCCACCGUCGAAGCCUCCACGCCGCAGCAGUCGACCUUGAGCCGGAGGCGCUGCCGCCCGCCGUCCAGGACGGCGCUGCGGGUGCCUCGGUAGACCUGCACGGUGCGCGGGCCGCCCACGCCUCCCAGGCUGACCAGCGCACGCCCUCGCUGCCGCUCCCCCCGUCCACUCAACACGUCCCCUCCGGCUCCUGCCUCGCCGACCACGCGCCCGGGCACGACUGGCAGGCGACCGAUGACGACGACAUGAGCGAUGAGGAUGACGAGACCGGCGGUGCGGCCCUGUACGGCUCCGCCGUCGACGGGGGCUACCAACAGCAGCCCAUGCCGGCCUUCUCCGCUUCCCCGUCCCAAGGCUCUGGGGGAUACGGAGGCGGUCCGGACCCGGCCCCCGGGGCCCAGUCUGCGGGGGACGGCGGCCCUCCUCUCGGUCCAGUGCAGGCGGGUGCCGCCGCUGAGCAGCAGGCAGUCCAAGCUCUGCAGCCCUGGGCACCCCUCGAUGAGCCGCCUCCCCCGUUCCCGGAGCAGCCGACGGUGGCUCCCCUCAUGCCUGCAAACCCACCCGCUGCUGGCCCCGCCGAGGACGACCUCGGGCCUCUUAUGCCGAGCAGCACCAACUCGAUGAUCCUCGGCUCCGUCAAUGUCGGAUUGGUCGAUUUCCUUCGCCUCUGGGCUCACCAGGGACCUCUGUCCAACUCGAGAGGGCCCCCCCCUGAGAUCGGCCGGAUCCGCUGGCAGGCGGACCAGGCGGUCGACGAGGUCAGAUAUCCGCAGCUCGAGGGCGACCGCUGCGACCCGCAAGGGUUGAACUGGACAGACAUGGGGACGACGAGGAACGCUGCCAGGGCGAGGAGGUAUAUGACGUAUAGGAACUAUGUGAAUCACCAAGGUUCGGACCAGUGGGAUCUGAGCCGCGACGAUGUGUGGAUCCCGUCGUCCGAGAGUCACUUCCGGUUCCGGAAGAUGAUGAUGCGCCGAGACGUCAGCCUUGCCCACUUCCAGCUGCGAAGCGUCGUCGCCUCGCCCUCCCGCUCGCAGAUAUACUACGCGUCCUCUGGGGGCAUAAACCGGGUCAACCCCCUGACUCGGAAGACGGAGGUGGCCGUCAACCUGGGCGAGUUCCCCGUCUUCAGACGAGCCAUAACGGCCCUCGACGCCACCGACGACGUGCUGGUGGGCGGCACGUUCAACGGGGACUUUGUGGUGAAGAAUCUGCGCUCGCAGGACAAGACCAAGUUCUCCGAGGGCGCCAUCACCGGGGGCGUCGUGGGCAUCACGAACCACGUCCAGGUGCACUCUGCCCGGCGCUCCUCGGGCCCCGUCGCCGCCAUCUGCAGCAACGACCAGGGCUUUCGGGUCCUGGACAUACAGGCGGAGCAGUUCGUCUCCGACUUCCUGUACCGGUUCCCGCUCAACUGCUCGGCCGUCUCGCCCGACCGCCGCCUUCGGGUCCUGGUCGGCGACGCCAAGACGGUCACCAUCACCAAUGCCGAGACGGGCGAGACGGAGGUGGAGCUCAACGGCCACCGCGACUACGGCUUCUCGUGCGCCUGGUCCGACAACGGCCACACCGUCGCCACCGGCUUCCAGGACAAGAGCGUCAAGAUCUGGGACAGCCGCAGGUGGACCGACUCGAGAGGCAGGCCAAGCCCGCUGACGAGCAUAUGGUGCGACAUGGCGGGCGCUCGCGGGCUCGCCUUCUCACCCCUGGGAAGCGGGCAGCCCGUCCUGGUCGCGGCCGAGGAGGCCGACAACGUCAACAUCAUCAACGCCACCACGUUCCAGGAGAAGCAGACGUUUGACGUCUUUGGCGAGAUCGGCGGCGUGUCCUUUGCCGAUGAGGGUCAGGAGCUCAACGUCCUCGUGAGCGACGCUCACAAGGGUGGACUCCUGCAGCUCGAGAGAUGCGGCUUGUCCAGGGGCGGGAGGAUGCCAUCGAGGAUUGAACGCAUUCCACCAUUCUGA